AUGCACGACUCUCGGAUGCUUGACCCUGCUAUCAUAGACGAAUUUACCCAAAGUCCACCUUUUGAGCUCAGUGAAACUGAUAGAGCGGUACUACGAGCCCCGCAAGAGGAUUUCCCUUUACAUACUUGGGAGGAAAUGAAAGCAAUAAUUGGUGAGCAUUAUUCCUUCGAGUAUAUUGAACAAACUGACCAUUCAGCCGGUCGAGAUAUGUCACUCCUUCGACGUACUCCGUUAGAUCUCUUCAACUAUAUCAGAUGGACUUUAGAAGCACAGAGACAGGACGGAUCAGUUCUGGAAUUUAUUAUCAAGAACAGGCUUCCUUGGGAACCGGAGUGUCAUGAGUCGGGAACUGUGUUUCCCUAUUCUAAUCCAACUCCAUUCACAGAUCCAUCGGACUUCUGCAUUCGUCGCAAUGACUGGCCAUAUGCAAUGGAGGAAGGGAUGGUUCAUCUUGUCGCCUGGAGCAAGACCCCUAUUGCCACCGAUGAUCAUGGAGACCCCAGUCCAGCCUCGUGUAAAGCCAUCGCCGACUUUAUUGAGAGAAUGUUCUCAGAGCAUGUCAAGCGGGGGAAGUAUGCGGGGGAUAAUUUGCAAUGGUUCCGAAAUCGUACAAAGUGGCAGAGCGUACGAAGCUUGGACCAUAUUCAUCUGGUGUUACGGGAUGUAAAUGAGACGUUCGUAACUAGGAUCACAGGACAGGGUUCAGGGGAUAUUACCUGUAAAGCCUACCCAUGGAACAUUUUCGCAGAUAUUUGA